CAGUGAGGCAGGUUCACGUGGUGAGGGAGAGGAACAGUGAGGCAGGUUCACCUGGUGAGGGAGAGGAACAGUGAGGCAGGUUCACGUGGUGAGGGAGAGGAACAGUGAGGCAGGUUCACCUGGUGAGGGAGAGGAACAGUGUUGGCGGACGUCUGGUAGAAGCACCACAGAUGCUGUUGGAGGUGUAAGAGAAGCACCGUGUAGGUGCUUGACUAGAAUACAGCAGACAUCAGGAAGAAGGCAACUCUACGUCAACAUGGUGGAACAGCAACAACAGCCACGACAGCAGCAGCAACAGCCUCAACAGCAGCAGCAACAGCCACAACAGCAGCAACAACAGCCUCAACAGCAACAAAGCAGUUGGAAUUUAAGCAGAAUAGGUAUACUGGCCGGGGUGAUAGGCGUGGCGGCGUGGGCAUGGCAGGCGUGGUUCGGCGUGUCUGAGGGCGUGGUGCACAAAGCUGACCCCGUGUACGACUUCAUCGUGGUGGGCGGCGGGACCGCGGGGUGCGUACUGGCGGCGAGGCUCAGCGAGGAGGAGAACUUCAAGGUUCUCCUGGUGGAGGCUGGCGGGGAGGAACCAUGGAUCUCCAACAUUCCUCUGGCUGCCCCGCUCCUUCAGCAGUCUCGCUUCGACUGGCAGUACCUGACGGAGCCGCAGGAGGAGUCCUCGUUCGGUCUCUUUAACCAGCAAUCAGCAUGGCCCCGCGGUCGUGGGUUGGGAGGCACCGCGACCCUCAACUUCAACAUUCACAUGUUCGGGUCUCCCCAGGACUUCCAGAAGUGGGAGGAGUAUGGGGCCACGGGCUGGGGCUUCCAGGAGAUGAAGAAGUACGCCAACAAGGCCGAGUGUCGCAGACUCAGGCCUAAGAUUUUCAAGCAGAAACAAUGCAGCAACGAGCAUGUAGAGAAGGCAGAUAAAGGGUGUAACAGCAGCGAGGGGGAGAAGACAGGCCACCUCAGGCACCAGCAAGAUGCUGUCCAGUGUUACCACCCACCCCUCCGCGUCCACACCGCUGCCUCCACUCUCACACACACCUUCCUCGCAGCAGGGAAGGAACUAGGCCUGCCGGUGGGGAGCCUCAACGACGAUAUCGACUACGGGCUGAUGGCAGGAGAGACAUUGGUAUUCAAGGGACGACGCUGGAGCAACGUCAAGGGCUAUCUGAGACCCGCCCUUGGCCGCCCCAACCUGCAUGUCCUCAUCCACAGCCACGUCACUAAGAUCUUGUGGGAGGGCGAGCGGGCCGUGGGGGUGGAGGUGGUGCAGUGGGGCAGCCCUCGCCUCAAGAGGACCGUCUAUGCCCGUGGGGAGGUGAUCCUGGCCGCCGGGGCCAUCAACUCUCCCAGUCUGCUCAUGCUCUCUGGUGUCGGACCCAAAACUGUCCUGGAAGAGUUUAACAUUCCAGCGGUCUCCAUACUUGAAGGUGUUGGUGAAAACCUCCAGGACCACCUCAACACUCCCUUGUACGUCUCCCUGGAGAAGGAUGUCUCCCUCAACCUUGCUAAGCUGCGCACCUUAAGUAAUAUUUGGGACUACUUCGUCAAUGGAGGCAAAGGCGACCUCGGGCGGGCAGCUGUUGAGGGCGUGGGGAUAAUGAGGCUAGCGAGGCAACAACCAGAACUCGGUGUCAUCCUCUUCAAUAUGGGCGCUCUCGAUAAGCAUCUCUACUCUGCUAUCACCAAUAUGAAACUCAAUUAUUUUGAGACAGCUUUCCCGAAGAUGGACAAUCACAGUGCCUCGGGGUUCCUCUUCUUAUCGACAUGUUUACACCCAAAAAGCCGGGGUCAAGUUCGCAUUGUCUCGAGAGACCCCCUCCACCCUCCCUCCAUCCAGCCCAACUACCUCCACCAUCCUUACGACAUCACCUGCAUGAGAGAUGCAUUCAAGUUUACAGUACGGCUGGUACGAACUAAAGCGUUCCAGAAUCUGGGAGCAUCUGUGGCCUUACCUCGCUACCAGGAGUGCCUUGGUUCAGAAGGUCCGGAACCCUUGGUUCGGAAACGCUCUGGUCCGGAAGGUUCAGGGCGCGAAGAGUACACCCGGACUCUUUACCAGGAAUUCGUCUCUUGCAUCAUUCGUGUGGGUGCCAUUUCUGGUUAUCACGCAUUGGGCACUGCUCGUAUUGGCCAGCCAGGUGACCCUAUGGCUGUGGUCGAUCCGGAGCUCAGAGUGAUUGGGACAGAGCAUCUGAGGGUAGUGGAUGCUUCAGUGAUGCCUACACAGAUUUCUGGGGCUCCCAACUCUGCCAUCACUGUCAUUGCAGAGAAGGCAUCCGAUCUCAUUAAGGCAACUUGGAGUAACAAAUCUAAAUUAGCCAGUCAGAAAAUUUGCUCCAGUGCACCAGACUGUGAAGAAAAGCUUCUGUCCAACAUUUCCAACUUAGCAGAGCCCGUUGGUGGCCUCAUUUCAACUGUUAUUGUUUACAUACUCUGGGGUGUGUUAUUAUAUGCUAACACUGGCAUAUGAUAACACACCUCUGGUCUUCAUCAUGCUGGUAGCCUAUGUGUAAGAAGGGUUGACAAUGUGCAAUACAUAAUUCAAAAUUUUGCUUACACUGUACUU